AUGGAGCCGCUGGGGAUUCCUGGAGAAUAUUAUUACCAGUCAAAGGAAUGCUUUUACUGGUGUGCCGUGUCCAAAGCAUGGAUCAGGUUUUCCCAAAAAAAUCAAAUCGUUGCUAUUGCUUGCUACAACAAGCUUGGUCGGAAAAGAAUUUCGAUCAAGAAUUGUGCCUGUCCCAAGCGCUGUGUCAUGUCUCCUCGGCAAACUUCGUUGAUCUCUGGAAGUCAAUUCAUAAAAUGUGCUCAGCUGAUCUUGAAGUCCAUGAAAUCGUUGCAAGAUAAUGGGUGUGAAGCUGGUGAAUUCACGACACAGCACAUCCACAUCAACGACUACCUUUGGGUUUCUUUAUUACCGAAACUGGAACAUAACCUGACGGACGCCUUAGUAGAAAAGGACGAUGUCACAAAUGAUUCGGACAGAUUCCCGACACCACCAGGCUUGAUUUUAGCUGAUGAAGAUGCCAUCAUGCACAAGAACUUAGCGGAUGUUGUCCAUUUGUGGGCAUUUGGACGCGUGUCGAACUUUGACUACUUGAUGUAUUUGAACCAUUUGGCCGGACGACGAAUGGGCGAUGCCAGGUGUCACCCUAUUUUCCCUUGGGUGAUUGACUUCACUUCGCCAUCCGGGGCAUGGCGAGAUCUCGCCAAGUCCAAAUUUAGAAUGAACAAAGGCGAUAGACAACUGGACAUGACGUACGAAGUUUCAAUUUUUCAUCCUCUCAAAGAUUCGAUGGAUGAUGAAGUCGGACCCAGUAGUUUGGACAACUUAGCGGAUGUUGUCCAUUUGUGGGCAUUUGGACGCGUGUCGAACUUUGACUACUUGAUGUAUUUGAACCAUUUGGCCGGACGACGAAUGGGCGAUGCCAGGUGUCACCCGAUUUUCCCUUGGCACCCGCAUCACGUUACUGAACUAUUAUCAGAGAUCACUUACUACGUGUAUAAAGCGAGAAGAAUGCCGAAGUCAGUUUUGUGUAAACACGUGAGGUCCAACUGGGUUCCUGGUGAAUAUCCUUCUUCGAUUCAGCGUAUGUUUGAAUGGAGUCCGGAUGAAUGCAUUCCGGAAUUCUUCAUGGAUCCCGAUAUAUUCAAAUCAAUUCAUGAAGAUCUCGGUGAUCUGGAAAUUCCUUCGUGGUCCUCAUGUCCAGAAGAUUUGAUCGACAAACACAGGCAAGCAUUGGAAAGCAAUCAUGUUUCAGAAAUGUUGCAUCAUUGGAUCGAUCUUACGUUUGGAUACAAGCUUUCUGGCUCAGCUGCUGUAAAGGCGAAAAACGUUUGUUUGUCGUUGGUGGAUGACCAUUCUCAUCUCACCCGAUCUGGUGUUGUGCAGCUUUUCACUGUGCCACAUCCUCCGAAAGUCAUGCAAUCUGCUUACUUCGGACCGAAUCCGCCUGCAAAAGCUAUCAAGCAUCACAGUAGGCGAAAGAGGCAUGAAAAUCAUCGUUCGCUUAGUGGGCAUGAAUCGUUGGAGUCCGAUUGGGAGGAAUCUUCAAAUGACGGGGCGGAGAAUAAUGCUGUUGCAUUUGCGGAUCAAGUGUCGGUCGAAGACAUGAUCAUGAUGCCCAAGGAUUACCCACCUCUCCAGGCGCUUUUACAGCUGGAGAGCCUGUACGAUUUCAUCAACAAACUCCUGAUCCCGAGGUCCCAUCACUGCCCCCACCAGCAGCAAUUCAUCAACCCCAACAGUAUCGUCUCAAGCUUCAAAGCCAGGAACAUGUGCAAUUUGUCGUGUGUGAUCCUCGAGAUAUUCUUGCCUCUGAAAUUCCGGUGCCUCCAAGAUACGUGUCCCGAUGGCAGACUGCAGGUUGCCGAGGAGAUUGUCCGAAAGGAAAAGUACUUGGUACCGCUUUGUGUGAAGGGUUUAGUGGAGAAUAUUUUGAAUGCCGAGUCGAGGGAAGAAGGAUUGAAGAUUCAUUCUGGUGGGAAGUUUGAGCUGGGGUUGCCUGCGUUUUCUCCCCUGUUGCUCUUGCAACCCAUCAUCUCUCCGCUAAUUUUCCCCGAAUAUUUUCCCAUGGUUUAUAAGCUGAUCAAGAAUUUUGAAGAAGUGGAGGAAGUCCUAUUCGAGUUGAAGCUGAUGUCGCUGAAUGCAAAAGCUUGCAAAGAAAUGGAAGAUAAAAUCAUGGAGCUUCAAAUCAAAACCUUAGCUGCUGACUUGGAUGAUCUCCUGCCCGAACUUUUGUCCCCGGGAAUGCAAGAAGCGAUGGAGUUGCUGUGGCCCGUCAUUGACCGCGUUUUCAAAGACAAACGCAGGCGAGUCAUGGCAGCUUGGCACUUGGUGGACACAGUUGGGCAAGCAGUCGGGCCCAAGAAAACCGCCAAACACUUGCUGAAACCCGUAGUUGAUAUUUUUGACAAUGAAGAUGACUGCGUGACGAUGAAGCACAUGAAGUUGUUCCACCAUAGUUUUCUUCUUCAGCUGUGCGUCAGGUUCGGCACCAAACGGUUCCUCGCUCAUUUCGUCACUUGUCUCGUCGAGGCUGUCGGUGGCAACAAGGAGUUUGAUGACGAAGAAAGCAACUUUCACACGAAAAGGCAUAACCGGCAUUUGCAUCCGAGAAACACCGCCGAGCCUCAAAAACUUCCAGAUGAACCAGAAGAAGUGUUUUCUAUGGAUGAAGAAGUUCAUGAUCAAUCACCGGCUAAACCAGAUGGCAAUGAAGGAGACAUUUAUGGUGAUCCUGCGGAAAUACGAUACAGGAAACUGAAGGGCCGUGCUGCCUCAGGAUUAGCGUCUCAGCUGUCGUGUUCUGUUCCUGAAUCUUCAUUUAUGAAUGAAGGACAUUUUAAGGGUCUCAAGGACACCGUGGAACGAGCAGCGAAAAAGAAAAAUCAGGUCGGACUCAACAUCUCAGAUGUGGCCGCAGGAAGCACAGUUUGGCUUGCAGAAAGAGUUGGACCUGUUCUGACUGCCAAAUACGUGACCCGGAACUUGCUUCGGAUGUUGAGCUUGUGUUACUUGGAUGAAGAUAGUCUUGUCAAUCUCAAUCACAACUGUCCGCCAACGAGCAUCAGUCAGAACUUUCAGAGUAAUGACACGUACUUGGGAGCUGCGUUUUCUGGCAGGAGUGUCCGUGGCGACAUCUGUGCGAAGAAAGUUCUGGAUUGUCUUUCUUCUAUCUCUAGUUUAUAUGGAGAACACUUCAUUAUUCGGCAGUAUCUUCCACAUGCUGCGGAAUUGCUCUUCUCUUCGCAAAGGAAACUGAGUCCGAGUUUAGAAGCAGGUUCCAUUGGUUGUUUAUCACUUCUGCAUCAUAUUUUGCCUUAUCUGAGGGAUUCGACCUUGAUGGAGCAUCUUCAGUCGAGGAUUUUGAACGGGGUCUUGUAUCCCGUGUUGCAAAUGGUCACGUCCACGAGGCUUCAGUUCCCGCACGGGUACCUAGGCAGAGCUGUGAUGACAUGGAAAGCUCUUGAUGUUCUUUUCCUGAUAUCGUCUCGUAUCGGCAUGGAGAUGACGAAGAAAUACAUGACUUCUUGCCUAAACAAAUUCUUUUCCGGUUUCGACGUUGCCUUUUCACCCACGGGGAAAGUCGACUUGGAUUCAUCCGUGUUCCAUUUGGAAGCGAUGCCUGGAACCUCGCUGGAGGAAAGUGGUUACUUUGAUAUAACGAAAGAAGCCUCUGGGUACGUAGUUAGUGGUCUCGUGCACCUCGAGAAAUUACAAGCAUCGCCGUGUGAGGAGGCUUGCGAACCAUCAGGCAGCUCUCCGAAGGCUGACGUGAAGAUGUUGGAAGAGAUAGCGGGCUGUUUCACGCAAGAAAUGGCGCACUUGAGCUACAUAGCCUUCUGUCAUUUGUCCGGCAAUUUGCAUCUCGAGCGACACGUGCGCAAUGAGGCUCUCGUGAGGCAGUUAUGCGAGGAUUUUGAAAAGUACGCUGUGGUGAAUCCACGAAGAAAGCAGCCCAAGGAUGUAGCUCACGUCAGUACUGUCGACGCUGCCCAACAAACUGCCGUUGUGGGAAAUCGCAUCUGCAUUGAGAGCGACGUGAAAGAUGGACCCGGUGAUCAUGAACAGAGUGACUGGGAGCCGCCGCCGGAUGACCGAUUGCGAAAACGCAUGGAAUCCAGUCACAGGCAUCUGAAAGGAAACUGGCUGGCGUACUGGGAGAACCAGGUGGGCCGAUCCGAAAAGGAUAAUGAGCUGGAUUUGAAGCAGAUAGCUCUGCAAAGCUUUGUUGGCCACACGGCUUCAAUUCGUCAAGUAUAUGUGAUGGACAAUGAAAACUCAGCUUUGUCUUCAUCCAAAGACAAGACGGUCAAGCUGUGGUCAAUUCGGAAUCAGGGCGAUGGGAACGCUCAAGUCACACCGCGCUGGUCGUACAACGAGCAUAAAAAGGGUGUGAAUGGAUUGGCCUACUUGGACCGGAUCAGGAGAGUCAUUUCCUGCGACUCGACGUCAUUGCACAUUUGGGAUCCGUUUCUCGGAGCUAUUGUGUGUCAGGUGGACGCGGGAAGUGGCAGCGAGGCGCCGCAGGGUGUCGGUGGUGGAGGUGGUGGCAAGAAUCCUCCGUUGACCGCCAUUGCUGUCGCACAGCCUGCGACGGUCGUGGCCGCCACCACGGAUGGCAUUCUGAGGAUGUUCGAUGCCCGUUGUUGUGCUUUUGCGCAGACUUAUAAGGUGUCUCCGUUUUCCGCUGGAAUGAUCCGUUGCAUCUGCGUGUCCGGUGAUGAACGCCAUGUUUGCGUUGGGCACUCUACCGGAGCCAUGUCAUUACUUGACCUAAGAACUGGGUCUUUGAUUUCCGCGUGGAAAGGUCACGAGCAGGAGGUACUUCAAGUCGUGGCUUGUGGAUUGAAAUACUUUGUGACCUCUUCGAUGGAUCAGUCGCUGGCUGUGUGGAGUUGUGAUGAUGCGAAGCUCCGAUUCAAUCUGAGAUCGUAUCAGGAACCUGUUCAAUGUUUAGCAGUGACUGGGCAGCAAAUAAUCUCCGGAACUACAGGAAAUCGCCUCGGAAUUCACGAAUCGGUGGAUCCGUCGGCGGCUUGUUCUUCUGCUCGCUUGAGGUCUGACGUUUGCAAAGGUACCCUAACUGCUUUGGCAGUUCUGCCUCUCAAUGGAAUCUUCCUUGUCGGAACGGAAUCAGGGGAAUCUUCUAUCGAUGAAGUGAAUGCGUUUAAAAAAAGGAUAAUGUGUGGCAUAUUUUGUGUGAUUUCUGCCAAGAAUCCUGACGACGUACGUGUCUCCUUUGAGAUUAUAGACGUUUGGGAGUCUUUGCUGGAAUCUCGAGGUCCGGAUUCGAAAGGUUCUCAGGACAUAGAUGCAGGUUGUUGUUGCCUGAAAAUGGCUGGUUACGUUCUUUGGCAACAAGGGCAGAAAAUGACUUCCCAACCUCUUCUCGACGAAUCUGGUAAUGCCUUGCUCUGGAAUGGAAACGUUUUCGGCGGAUUGGAAAUACCACCUGGCCAUAGCGACACGGAAGCAAUCCUUCAAGGUCUCUCAAAUGCCGAAAAUAUCCCUGCAUUCUUCCAAAAAUUGGAAGGUCCCGGUUCUCUCAUUUAUUAUGAUAACCGAAGCAAAAGGCUGUGGUUCAGACGUGAUUGCAUUGGCCGUCGGAGUUUGCUAAUAGCUCAAGUUCGCGACCCUGAAGACUGCGUGCAUUUUGUGAUAUCUUCUGUGAUGCCAUCAGCCGACACCCUAUCGAAGCAAGAUCUCGACAUAAUCUUCUGCGAAGAGUUACCUGCUGGGUUAACGUGUGCUUUGGACUUGACAGUGAUUCCGUGUUCGUUGGAGAACUUGCAAGUGACCGUUUUUCCUGACUCUAUUGACAAUGCCGAGCCACCUCGUGUUCCGGGAGUACAGUGGAAAUCCGAAAUCCCGGGAGUAAAUCGUUCGCUGUUGGAUUUUCUGAAUCGAGAAGUCCCGGUGAGAAAUUUGAAGGUCGAUGCUGCGUUAGACAGUCCUGCUGCUGCUGUACUCAAAUCCUUGUGUGUUGGAAUAGAGGCACUCGCGAGCGAAUUCCUUGAUGUCCUGGAGAAUGCUGUCCGAGUACGGCUGCUUCAAACAUGGCAUCUAGAGACAUCUUUAACAGAGCGACGGCACACAGUAGCAGUUUUACCGGAAGGUGCAUCGAUUGAUCUGCUGAAUAUCUCCUUCAGUAAGAGUGGCGACGCGGACGGCUUUUCUCUUGCACCGGACAGGAAAACUGGACGUCAGGCGUUUGCUGUGCUCUGUGAUGUGUAUCCGGAGCGCGAAUGGAAUUUUUUAGAGCUGAAUGUUACCGGUGAUGAACUGAAAAGGAUGCGAAAGACGCGGAUCAGGGACCUAAUCCACCCACGACUGACUGUUCUCGACGACAGCCUAGGAUGUGCCCUGUGGUUCGCGGCUAGCGGAAAAGGCAGAAAAAUGUCCUCCGAUCCCAGUAAAAGUUGCGAAACUUACGAAUGCCCUGCGAGGGUGCUACUGCUGGGCAUGGGUGCGGACGAGCAGCUGGGCGGUUAUAUUCAACAUCGCCGAAAAGCUGCGGAGAAACUUCAUCAAGACACAGAUGGUCGUUUUCGCGCAAUCAACGAUGAAAUAGCCCUGCAAUUGUCACGGAUCGGGUCUCGAAACUUGGGUCGUGAUGACAGAGUUGUUUCUGAUCACGGUUGCGAAGCACGGUAUCCGUACUUGGACGAAAAAGUCAUACCACCUGGCCAUAGCGACACGGAAGCAAUCCUUCAAGGUCUCUCAAAUGCCGAAAAUAUCCCUGCAUUCUUCCAAAAAUUGGAAGGUCCCGGUUCUCUCAUUUAUUAUGAUAACCGAAGCAAAAGGCUGUGGUUCAGACGUGAUUGCAUUGGCCGUCGGAGUUUGCUAAUAGCUCAAGUUCGCGACCCUGAAGACUGCGUGCAUUUUGUGAUAUCUUCUGUGAUGCCAUCAGCCGACACCCUAUCGAAGCAAGAUCUCGACAUAAUCUUCUGCGAAGAGUUACCUGCUGGGUUAACGUGUGCUUUGGACUUGACAGUGAUUCCGUGUUCGUUGGAGAACUUGCAAGUGACCGUUUUUCCUGACUCUAUUGACAAUGCCGAGCCACCUCGUGUUCCGGGAGUACAGUGGAAAUCCGAAAUCCCGGGAGUAAAUCGUUCGCUGUUGGAUUUUCUGAAUCGAGAAGUCCCGGUGAGAAAUUUGAAGGUCGAUGCUGCGUUAGACAGUCCUGCUGCUGCUGUACUCAAAUCCUUGUGUGUUGGAAUAGAGGCACUCGCGAGCGAAUUCCUUGAUGUCCUGGAGAAUGCUGUCCGAGUACGGCUGCUUCAAACUACCGUAGAUCUCUGUAGAAAUUGUCUCCAAGCCGGAAAAACACCCGGUACUUGCCGUCAUUGUCGAAUAGGAAUACUUUUUUCUGGUGGCCUGGAUUCGAGUGUGAUCGCUGCCGUGUGUCAUCGUAUUUUACCGGAAGGUGCUCCGAUUGAUCUGCUGAAUAUCUCCUUCAGUAAGAGUGGCGACGCGGACGGCUUUUCUCUUGCACCGGACAGGAAAACUGGACGUCAGGCGUUUGCUGUGCUCUGUGAUGUGUAUCCUGAGCGCGAAUGGAAUUUUAUAGAGCUGAAUGUUACUGGUGAUGAACUGAAAAGGAUGCGAAAGACGCGGAUCAGGGACCUAAUCCACCCACGGCUGACUGUUCUCGACGACAGCCUAGGAUGUGCCCUGUGGUUCGCGGCUAGCGGAAAAGGCAGAAAAAUGUCCUCCGAUCCCAGUAAAAGUUGCGAAACUUACGAAUGCCCUGCGAGGGUGUUACUGCUGGGCAUGGGUGCGGACGAGCAGCUGGGCGGUUAUAUUCAACAUCGCCGAAAAGCUGCGGAGAAACUUCAUCAAGACACAGAUGGUCGUUUUCACGCAAUCAACGAUGAAAUAGCCCUGCAAUUGUCACGGAUCGGGUCUCGAAACUUGGGUCGUGAUGACAGAGUUGUUUCUGAUCACGGUUGCGAAGCACGGUAUCCGUACUUGGACGAAAAAGUCGUCGUUAACUUGGCUGUUGAGUUCGUUGAUCUUGACAUUCCAAUUGAAACAGAAAACAUGCGUGGUGCAUUAGCAAAGAUGUAA